GAUUAUCUUAAACAUCGCUUCCGUUGUGUCAAACAGUAACUUUAUUUUGUUUUCAUAUUUUCACGUAGUACAUAGAAGUUACCCAAUAAUUUUCAUAAAUCCAAUUUUAUCAUAACAUAAAAUGUUGAAGGCGCUUAACCUGUAUAGAGGAUUGUCGCCGGCUCCUUUAUGGUUCAAUAACGCGAGGUUUUUCUUCACCGAAAAAAGAACAGUGAUUAGUUCUGGUGCGGCCGAAAGUGGAAAUCCAGAUAAAUUAUAUAGUCGGGUCGAACUCCAGAUGAAAGGUAUUGAUCCGGCCGUUAUGAAAAGCUAUGCUUAUUUCGCAAAAACUGCUGCCGAGCAUUUAGACAUCGAAGUGGGGAAGCACUGGGCCCUCCGAAAGGCGGUUAAAGAUCGUCUAACACUUCUGAAAUCAGUGCACAUUUACAAGAAGCAUCGAGUUCAGUAUGAAAUCAGAAACUACUACCGUUUUAUGCACUUUCAUAAACUCACCGGAUCCACGUUGGACACGUUUCUCGAAUACGUUGAACGUAAUCUGCCGGAGGGGAUAGCUCUGAAAGUGACCAAAGUGGAACUGCAAGAAUUGCCGGAACAUUUGAGGUCGGAAUCGUAGAAGCUGUUUUAUAUUUAUGUAGUAAUGAAUAAACCAUAUUUCACUUCAA